CAAUCCGGCCCAACUAUAAGCCCAAAACAGUGUCUAGGUUAUGCAGUCCACCAUAUAAACUGUUCCUACAGUCAAAACCUAGGGUUUUCGUUGCUUCUAAUCUCAAGAAUCCCGUCUCACCCGAUUUCAGCAACCUUCACGACAUGACUAAGAGAACCAAGAAGGCUGGCAUUGUCGGGAAAUAUGGCACACGUUAUGGUGCCAGUUUGAGGAAGCAGAUCAAGAAGAUGGAGGUCAGCCAGCACAGCAAAUUUUUCUGUGAAUUUUGCGGGAAGUACGCUGUGAAAAGGAAGGCUGUCGGAAUCUGGGGCUGCAAAGAUUGUGGCAAAGUGAAAGCAGGCGGUGCUUAUACAUUGAACACCGCUAGUGCAGUUACUGUCAGGAGUACCAUCCGUAGGCUGAGGGAGCAGACCGAGAGUUAGAUUUGGUCUUUUUUGAUCUAUUGUAAUUCUCAAUUCUCUUAUCAUAUUUCUGAAGGUUUUUUAUCUUUAUUUAAUGUUAAACUAGAUUGCAAAUGACAUUUUUCAAGCAAGGUUUGAACUUCAAAUGCCAUGUCUCUGCUUACAUCA